CGUAGCCGUUGUCGAAACAUCUUUUAUUUAUGUAAAUUUAACUGGUUUAUUAAUUUCUCAUUUUUACAGUUUCAAAUGUAGAAUUCAACUGGAAAUGCCAACCGUCCCUUACGUGCCAAUAUUUUAUCAUGCGAUCAAAUAAAGUUAACAUGGCAAGAGAAAGCGACAUGGACGAAGUGAUUCUUCUAUUUGAACAACCCAAGACUUAUAUCAGGAGAUGGAAUCGCUGCAUGUGGAUAUUAAUCAUCUGCCUGGUGUUCACUCUGCUUAUGAUUGGUACUCUUAUACCUGGUGCCGUUGGUCUAGCCCAGGGCGAUAGGAGUGACGACACGUUGGUAUAUUUGAGCUUGAUAGCUUUCAUAUUUGCCGGGCUAUUCUUCAUGUUCUGGUACUCGUGUCAAAUUGAAACGACAGACGUGCAUUACUACGAAAGAGAGGACACGCAUAAAUCUAUUAAAAGAAAGGACGACGGGCCUCGCCAUAUGAGACCAAAAUCAUUACGAGCCCCUUUGGCAAGCGUAACCAGCAUUAAGAAGGGAGGAGAACUUCACGAGAGGACUAGUUUAGUAGAAAAUGAAGUCACUGUGAAAGCUGAAAUUUAAUUUUCAUCCAACGAUUUCACCAACGAAAUUUAGGCCGAUUUCAAAGGUUGUAGACUACAAGUUGUGGUAUCAAUAUAAAUUACGUAAAGUUACUAUAAACAAACGAAAGAAACCCGCUUUAAAAAAGAUCUUUUGUAAAGAGCCCCCGCCAAAAUAACGCUCUGAAUAAAAAAUUAGUAAAUAUCCAGUUAGGGUUAAAAAUGCAGAUUUCGCUGGAAAUUCAAGUUAUUUCAAACCCAACUGAAUAAAUAAUAAUUUUUAAUAUUGGUGGAGGCGUUUUUAAAUCUCACAAAUUAUUUUUGCGGGGGUUUACAAAAGUUCCAAAUCUCACUUUUUUAUAUCAGUGGCGGGGGUUUUGUAUAAAUAAUCCAACAAAAUAGAUAAAAAAAGCUAUAAAGUGGUUAAUAGUUUGCAUAUCUGCAAUGCAAAUUAAUUGAUAUGUGAUAUGUAAACGCGCAAACGCAAGAAAUCCGUCUUCCAAGAAGCAAAUUUUAUUGAAAAAACUAAUUAUACACUGUGUCGUCCAGCUAAAUUACUAUUGAAGUACCAAAUUUUUGUAAACAUUUAUGUGCCAUUGAGUUGAAAAAUCGUUGCAAUGCAGUAUGACUUAUAUACUGGCUGUGAUUAAUAUGACCUUACGGCGCUCCAGAAGUGUGUGUACCAACAUGAAGGUAACUAAUUUUGUUCGCCCACUUUACAUCAAGUUGUGUAAAGGGACGGAAGCCUAUGGGCAGGGGGGAUAUUCACUUGGCUAACAAAAAAAAAAUCCCAGAACUCGUAAUAGAACUAAAAUAAAGAAAAUCGGAAUAAAAUUAUCCCUAACCUUAACCCAGUACACACACUACGGGAGUACCGACUUUACUGCCAGAUAACGGCGAGUCAUUGAUGAGGUAUUUACAGUGAAAUGCAAGUAAAACUUCGGCCAUUUUAUACAUAAAAUAUGAUCUGCCUCUAAAUCUCAGCAAUCGUCAAAUAGAAAAGGCAUUGGAAACUUUUAUUUUAAAUCUACAGAUAUGGGCGGAUACUGUGCACCCAUUGCCCGCCUACACUAGUUUUUUUUAAUUUCAUUUUCUAAAGGCUUAGAUUUUUGUCUUUGAACUUUUGCGAAUAUUCAGACUAACACUCCAAAGGGUGUCCAUACAAUUUCAAGUCUCUUUUCAAUUUCAAUUUGACGUCAGUUCUCAGUAUAUCCUAACCAGAUUUGUUGUUUUUCGAUAAGUAAUUGUUCAAAUAUUUUCUGUUUUUUUUGUACAUCUGUAAGGUCCAAAACAAUAUAUGUUAUCGGUAAAUUUUCUUUGCAAACUUUGUUAAAUCUUUAUCGAACCCUAUAUAUAACAGUGGUUGGUCAAGUCGGCUUGCAUCGCAAAACCUCGGAAGUGUAACUUAUUUUUUUUACUCAUAUUUAAUUAAAAUAUGCAAUCAUUAUAUAAUUUAAUCAAAUUCAAUCAAUCUGUAAUGAUUUCUAUUUUAUGUUUAUUGAAUUAUGUUUAAAAAGUUUUGUUUGAACUUUAUAUGAAUGCAGAUGAAUGCGUAGACGAGUCCUACAGGGAGACUCGGAAAAAAUGGAACCUAUAAAUUUCACACUCACUUCUAUAAAAAUGAAGUAAAUUUAUUUAAUUAACACCUGAACUUCUGUUUGUGUAUCAUUUACCCAUAAUUUUCAGUAAUCUAUGUAAAUCAUAAUUUUCAGUAAUUUACACGAAAUUUAUGUUCCCUCUAGAACAGUAGUUCUCUAACGUUGGGGUGCGCCACACAAGGGGGACGUAAACAAUAUUUUGAAAGGGCGUGGAGCUAAUAAAAAUAUUUGUUAGAUAUGAUCUUUUCCGCCUCAUUUUUAUAUUUCUUAUUUUUUCAGCCAAAACAACUGCACUAAUAAGUGUAACAACAAAUUUUGCUUUUUUUUAAAACGUUUCAUUUAUUAUGUUCCUCUCACGUAUUCCUAGCAUACUUUUGCCUUACUAUCUGUUAUUUGUAGCUUAUUGUUCUGUAGUUAUUGAGGUGGGGCGCGAGACUUGACAGAUCCUAAAAAGGGCGCGAGACGCAGAAAGUUUGAGAACCACUGCUCUAGAAUAUGUUCCAAAUGACCGGGAUUCUAUUUUUUGUGUCACUCUGUAGAAUGUUCGCCUACACUGUUUGUACAUGGUUUGCAAGAAAGUCAAGCUACUAAGCACCUGACGUGCCAUAAAGUUUUCUCAAACCACUGUAUAUAUGCAAUGAGCAAGAUUAAAGAGCCUGCAUGAAACAUGAUCAUUUCCGAAUAAUCACUGCUUCUCAUGUUACUGUGGCAGUGGUUCCCAGACCGUGGCCAACGUAACGAUUUAAUAUGACCCGACGAACUUAAAUGAAAUAGUUAAACACUUCAUGUUUUUUCUUUUCAUGUUCCAGAUAUCACUAAGCACGUGUUCAUUUGUAAAACUGAAGUUCGGUAAUUUAUUAUAUAUAUCAGUACUGAGAGUUCACUCUCUUGGGCAGCGAAUAUUCUUCUAAUUUUGGCCCGCGUUCAAUCAACUCUGGGAACUGCUCUAUGGGAUUCUGAUCCUAUAAUUGAGGGAUGAAGAGAUUUUUCGUAACUUAUCAUCAUCAAAAUAUGUCUAUCUAUUAUUUCCUUUUUAAUAUGUUAAUAAGAUAUUCACGUUCAACGUUCCAACUAUUUGAAAUACUCUUUAUAUAUAUAUAUAUAUAGCAACCUCAUUACUUUAUUGCCAAGAGCGGUUUAAAUUCAUGCUACUCUCGAGACAAUAAUACUGAUAAUCUAAACAAAAAAAACAAAAUCACCGAGAACCUUGCAAAACCCCUGAAAAACCACCAAAACAAUAGUCCAAUAAUUUUAUAGUAAGAAAAAUGUAUUUAACUGAAUACUGAGGCCAGACCGAAUUCUAAAACUCUUUGGGGCCGAUUCUUAAUGUAAGAGGCUAAAAUGCACCGCAUCCUGAAAACAAUGAUCCAUUUGGAAUGGUAGUAAAACUCCUGGUCACUGAUAAAAGACAAAAAUAUCACAAAAUGGUUUUACGUGAUCUUUUUUACAAAGUCGUAUUGCUCACUCAGUGAAUUCUGAUUUAGUCCGGAUUGAUUUGCAUUGACUUGCAACUCCUAAAUAUCUGCUUUUAAAUAAUACAUUGAUUCAUUUUCAGUCCGGGACUCUAAUUCAGUCCGGGACCCUACAAAUUUGAUUGACUUGACUUGUGACUCUAAAUAUCUGCUUUUAUUAUAUCGAUUUAUUUUUUGUUCAAUUUCAAUUCUGUUACUUAUAUCGUACAGCCUAUCUAAUAAAUCAAGUGUUCUUUUACAUAGUGUUUUUUAACAUAUAUAUAUAUUUCAAUCCUUUAUUUUGAUUCAGUAAUAUUUAGUGUAUACUAAAUCAGGAGUGUGCAACAGUCGGCCCGCGGGCCACAAUCCGCCCGCCAAGCCAUUUAGUGUGGCCUUUUUCAACACUCAGGUUUUUCUCAAUCAA